AAAAGCACCACUUCAAAAUUCAUUUCGUGGUAUCGCGCGCCAAAAUUGUUUCCUAAAAACCACCCACUUCCAUACAUCAAUUAAAAUCAAUAAAAACCCUAAUUACGAAAACCUUACCCCCAAUUUAUCUACACUGUUCUUCCCUCUCUCGCUCUCUCUCUCACUCUCACAGUCUCACAUAUUAACAUUAACAUUAACAUCCAAGAAAAGGAACAAGAAGAAAAGAAGAAGAAAAAUGUUUUAUUCUCAAACAUUUUUAGCCCGAAAAGGACCACUCUCAACAGUUUGGAUCGCUGCUCAUCUUCAACACAGACUCAAGAAAUCUCAGUACACUUCCACUGACAUUCCCUCCACUGUUCAACAUAUAAUGGACCCUGGAGUUCCCAUUGCAUUGAGAAUGUCAGCUCACCUGCUAUUAGGUGUUGUCCGUAUAUAUUCAAAAAAAGUUGAUUAUCUUCUUACCGAUUGCAAUGCUGUUCGAACUGUUUUGUACAAAGUAUUUGCUUCUGUAUCAAAUAAUACUUUACCUGAGGACGCAAGACAGGCACCUAUUAAUUCUAUAACUAUGCCAGCCACUUUUGACCUUGAUGCACUUAACUUGGGUGAUGAAAUAGAUUAUAACAGGUAUGAAGAUGUUCACACGAGGAGUCAAGAAGAGAUUACUCUAGAAGAUCGGACUCCUAUUGUAAUGGAUAAUUAUGUGACCAUAUGUUUUGAUGAGGAUAUGGCAGUUAAUUCUUCAAACACACAAUUGCCACCGGAUAAUGAGGCAAGACCAAUGGAGGAAGACAUUAUUCACCAAUCUCCGUCGACAGAUGUAGUGGGUGUUCAAGAUGGUGGUCCAAGUUUCCAUAGAGAGUCACAUACUCCCGAUCAUACUUUUGAUCACCUACAUGCUUUCAGUGACUUUGGCGAUACGAAUCAUCCGUUAGCAACACAUGCCAUGCCAGUGGAAGGUCUUCGUGAUGCCUCCAUAGAUAAUGAUACUAUUGGAAAUCCUCCAGACCUUGGGUUUAAUGAUACUGAACCAAAUAUUGGUCUCAAUCAAACUAUGAAUGAAAAAGAUCAAAUUCUUGAAACGAUUGAUGAGAUACGUCCUGAACCCACACCAACUCAACAAGCUGGACCAUCAACUCCAGUUGCUUCUCAAGAUGGUGCCUCAGAUGCACAAGUUUGUGGAGGUCAAGCUUUUCAGUCAACUUUAAUGCAUAGUUCUGCCAAUUUUGGGGUCAUUCCUAGCCCUCUGUUGGAACAGGAGCAACAACAAGAAAGAGAAAGAGAGCAACCGCAAGGAAGAGGAAGGAAGAGAAAACAAUUCUUCGAUAAUCCCAUAGUGUUAACAAAUAGAUUCAUGAGGGAAAGUCUUAAUAAUACUCGCAAUAUACUACGUCAAAGAAGGGAUGUUCCUUCCUCUGCUUUCGGUACAUGGAAAUUGAACAACAGUCGAUUAAAGGAGCAGAUUUUUUACCAACCUAUAUUUCCAGGGUUAUGCCAGGAUCUAUUAAACAUACACAAUAGGGAAUAUAUAUGUUCAAAACCCCACUUGGUCAUCUCCGAGGAAGAACGAAUGGAAGAUCACAUCGAUGUUGAUAUUUGCGGUGCUCCUCCAAUUAACCAAAUCGCGGAAGAGGCAACUGCUACUGCAACUGAUAAUAAUGUUCCGACAUCUAGUGUGGAUAUUGAUAUUGAAAUUGAACACCUUCGUUCCGUUGCUGAUGCUCCUCAUCCCACUAUUCCAGAUCAAAGUAUAGAUAUUGAACCCAUUAUUGAAGGUAUUAGCAAGAGCCCUGUUAAAGGAUAUGUUGCGACUCCUAGUUCCGUUCCUGAGAUGGUGCCCAUACCUCAUAUUGCAACAUCAGCUGGUGUUCAUAUACGGGAAAUGGAAACCCCCAGCACAUACCGAGAUGACAAUGACACAUAUCGUGAUGUUGAUGAUAUUCUUCAGAACUAUGGCCUUACAGAUACUUAUCAAUUGAUCAAUUCUCCAGAAAAAGAAGAGCUUUGGUUUUUGGAAGAAGAGAACAACACACCAUCCAGUUCACAGAGAGGUUCACAGAGUACAAGUAAAAGUAUUAGCACAUUGUCUGGGAGGACUAGGGGUGUAGCCCAAUUUUUAAAAGAUUAUUCUCCAUGUACCCCAAUUUCGGAGGUUCCAGCCGAAGAUUUCAGCUUGAACAAGAUUUUGGAAGGAAAAACUAGAAAGAUUGCCGCUCGGAUGUUCUUUGAAGUAUUGGUGUUAAAGACUCGGGGAUUUAUUGAUGUACAGCAAGAGAAUCCUUAUGAUGAUAUCAGCCUCAAGGUGACAAAAGCACUUUCAAAUGGUAAACAAUGAUAUUUUUCCUAGUUUAUCUGUGGAGUGCCUGAUGUACAUAGGCAAUCUAGCUGUCAAUUUUAAUUAUGUUUUCAAUUUACCGAUUCUUUAGCAAAAAAACUCAGUUAGAUGAUUCUUAGAUUUUGAGACUUCUAGUAGAAACUAGUUUUCAUUUGGCAUAAUGAAGUAUGUAUAUUUUUCAUUAGAGUAAAUUAUAGGUUUAAAUCCUUCAAGUCUUUCUUCA